AUGGACGCUUGCGAUGCGACAUCAACGGCCCCGAGCACCGCUCCCGGUCCCGGCGCUGCCACUCCAACCACAGAGCGAGAGUUCAGAGCCAUACAAGAAUGGCUGCAUUCGUCAUCACAGGCAAAGGAGUGGCCACCGCACUCAGAGCCGGAGGAGCCCCCCAGCUCAUCCAGAGUGACCCGGCUCUCCGACCCCCACGCCGGGACCACGGUCCUCAUAAUCGACACGGAGCAUAACCGCGCGCUGGCAUGCCACGACGGCGACCUGCGCCUCGAGGCAGUCGGCGACCUGAACUCGCUCGAGACCAUCCCCGUCCACUGGCAGUGGUUCUCCACCGAGACGGACGGCUUCAAGGGCUUCCGGAGCGUCGCCAACGGCGGGUUCCUCGGCCACGACAUCUGGUGGGGGUUCUACGCGAGGGUGCACCACCACCUCGGGUGGGAGCACGCGACGCUGAGCAGGCGGCCCGGCGGCUGCUACUGGAUCCAGUUCGAGCACUGGUGGACGCUGCGCCAGCUCUGCGCGCGCGGUGACGGCGGCGGCGUGUACUGGCAGCAGGACGGGGGGACGCUGUGGGAGUUUGUGGAGGUGCACAGGGCGAGGGAUUGA